GUCAUGGCCGGACUGGUGGCUGUUUGGGGCUUUGUCUGGGCUUUGUCUGCUCUAGCUGCCGAUGCCUCCGAGGCCGAGGGCCAGCUGCUGGCCAUGCUGUUUAGGAACUACUCGGCCUCUGUCAUCCCCCUGCGCAGCCCGGCCGACCGGGUCCCCGUCCGGAUUGGGAUGUCCCUCUCGCAGCUCAUCAGCCUGAAUGAAAAAGACGAAAAACUGACUGUAAAAGUCUACCUGAAUCUGGAAUGGAUCGAUUAUCGCUUCACCUGGGAUCCCAAGGAUUUCAAAGGGAUCACCUCUGUACCCAUUUUUUCCAGCGACGUCUGGCUUCCGGAUAUAGUCCUGAUGAACAAUUACGACGGUGUCUUUGAAAUCGCUCUCCCAGUAAACGUCCUGGUGAGCCAUGAUGGGAGGGUGCAAUGGCAGCCCCCUGCUCUCUAUCAGACCAGUUGCAGCAUCCAGGUGACCUACUUCCCCUUCGACUGGCAAAACUGCACCCUGGUCUUCCGCUCCUUCAGCUACGACUCCUCCGAGAUCUCCCUCCUGCACCCGCUCAACAAGGAUGGGAAGGAGCUCAAGGAGAUCAUCCUCCAUGAAAACACCUUCAUCGACAACGGUCAGUGGGAGAUCCGGCACCGCCCUUCCCGCAAGAACACCCUCCCCAGGGACCCCCUUUACGAGGACAUCACCUUCUACCUCAUCAUCCGCCGCAAGCCCCUCUUCUACCUCAUCAAUGUCAUCAUCCCUUGCAUCCUGAUCACCAUCCUGGCCAUCUUCGUCUUCUACCUCCCUCCUGAAGCCGGCGAGAAGAUCACCCUCUCCAUCUUCGCCCUCCUGACGCUGACUGUCUUCCUGCUGCUGCUGGCUGACAAGGUGCCCGAGACCUCCCUGGCCGUCCCCAUCAUCAUCAAGUACCUCAUGUUCACCAUGACCCUGGUCACCUUCUCCGUCAUCCUCAGCGUCGUGGACCUCAACCUCCACCACCGCUCCCCCAGCACCCAUGAGAUGCCCGAUUGGGUCCGGCAGAUCUUUAUCCACAAGCUUCCUCCCUAUUUGGGGUUGCGGCGCCCCAAACCGGAGCCCGUUGUGAAACCCCCUCCUCUGCCCCCAAAGCAAGAGUUUGCCGUGAAAACCAACCGCCGAACGGAUGAGUAUUUCAUCCGCACCCCUGCCUACGAGUUCCCCAAACCCAACAGGUUCCAGCUGGAGGCCUUCUCCACCGACAUGAAAAAAUUCAUUGAGGGUCCCAGCAGCCACAGCGUCACCCUCCCUCCGGACCUGAAGUCGGCCAUGAAUGCGGUUCUGUACAUCGCGGAGCAGCUCCAGGAGGAGGAGGACCACGACGCGCUGAGGGAAGACUGGGAAUACGUGGCCUUCGUGGUGGACCGCCUCUUCUUCUGGACCUUCAUCAUCUUCACCUCCAUCGGGACCCUCAGCAUCUUCCUGGACGCCCUCCUCCACUUGCCCCCGGACCAGCCCUUCGCUUAAAAUGCAGCCAUCCUUGGAAAAGGGACAUCAUCCUACAUAUAUGAGGGAAUGCAUGCCAUUCGACCCCACUUCAACUGCCGUGGCUCAAUGCACGUGUCGCUUUGCAAGGUCUCCUUUGCAUCUACACCGUGGAAUUAAUGCUGUUUUGACACCAGUUAAUGGGCACGAUCCUAUGCUAUGGAAUCCUGGGAGUUGUAGUUUGGUGGAGCCGCUUUAUGUAAGUAAUAGCAAUAGUAAUGGAGCCCCAGCCUUCUUUUGCAGGGAAGGCUCAAGACCUUGGGAUAACUACAAACC